CGCGUGGAUGCCCUCCUCGAGUGGUGUGACGGUGCGUCCCGUCGCGGGUCACGCUCGGAGGCGUCGGCGUAAGGAUGCGGGGGAGGUGGUGGGAGCAAGUGGCUGGCGUGCGGUGUCACGCGGAUCUGGUGUGUGUGUGUGCGCACCCGUGCGCGUGGACCUCUAGGGUGGUUCUGCACCGCAGGCACGCCCAUGGUGGUCAGUUGUGCCGGGGUCUGCUGGAAUGUGGUGCAGUGCUAUGUCUGCAGCCUGGGCAGCUUGCGGCUAGAGCCCAGGGGUGGAGUGUGGGAUCGCGGAUCUUUGUGGCACGUGUGGCGGACAGUAUAAUAUAUAUAUGUGUGUGUGUGUGUGUGUGUGUGUGUGUGUGUGUGUGUGUGUGUGCGCGCGCGCGCGCGCGCGCCUGCCAUCUCCCGCUGCUCCCUAGGUGACAGCUGUCCCGUGGGCUGCUGUAUCUAUGAUGCCCUUCCCACCCCGUGCCUCCCUUCUUUCGGGAACCUGGUGCCUACCCUUCCUUUCCCUGGCUCUGGGCCUUGCCUCUGCCCUGCAGCCAGAUCUGCCUCUGGGUUCCUCGAAAGCCCAGCGGGCGGGUGGGGACCCUGGAGGAUCCCUGCCCCGCUGAUCCCUGCUAGCCUGGAAAGGCAGGAGGAUGCAUCUGAGGAGGCUGCCACAGCCGCAUUGGGAGAGCCAAGUAUGGACCUGCUAUUCCUGUCUCCUGUUUUGCGGCCUCCAGCCUCUCCUCUUGCUUUGCCUUGGAAAGCCCUGGUCUUCCUUUGGUUUUCUCCAAGGCUCCCUAUGGCUCACAACUCCCCACAUUUCUCACUUCGCUGCCUCUUCUGAGGCUGGCUUAUUGUCUCCUUCCUCUCACUCUCCUGAUGGUUAGGCCCUGGAGUGACUACUGCUCCCCAGGAGCUCCCUGCUCCUCCUUCCCAGGCAGGAAGUGGAGGAGCCGGACCUGCCUCUGGAAGGGCCAUGCGCAGCACCACGCUUCUGGCCCUGUUGGCACUGGUGCUGCUUUACUUGGUAUCCGGGGCUCUAGUGUUCCAGGCUCUAGAGCAGCCUUAUGAGCAGCAGGCUCAGAAGAAGCUGGAGGAUGUCCGAGACAAGUUUCUGAAGGACCAUCCAUGUGUGAGCCAAGAGAACCUGACGAAAUUCAUCAAGCUCGUGGCUGAAGCCCUGGGAGGGGGUGCAAACCCAGACACCAGUUGGACCAAUAGCAGCAACCACUCAUCUGCUUGGAACCUGGGCAGCGCCUUCUUUUUCUCGGGCACCAUCAUCACUACCAUCGGCUAUGGCAAUACAGCCUUACAGACAGACGCCGGGCGUCUCUUUUGUAUCUUCUAUGCACUGGUGGGGAUCCCGCUGUUUGGGAUGCUGCUGGCGGGGGUCGGGGACCGGCUGGGCUCCUCUCUGCGCCGGGGCAUCGGUCACAUCGAAGCAAUCUUCUUGAAGUGGCAUGUGCCACCCGGGCUGGUGAGGAUGCUGUCUGCGGUGCUCUUUCUGCUGAUCGGCUGCCUGCUCUUUGUCCUAACUCCUACCUUCGUGUUCUCCUAUAUGGAGAGCUGGAGCAAGCUGGAAGCCAUCUACUUUGUCAUAGUAACGCUCACCACCGUAGGCUUUGGCGAUUAUGUGCCUGGCACUGACCCCGGGCAGAACUCAGCCUACCAACCUCUGGCGUGGUUCUGGAUCUUGUUUGGCCUAGCCUACUUCGCCUCGGUGCUCACCACCAUCGGCAACUGGUUGCGAGCGGUGUCUCGCCGCACACGGGCAGAGAUGGGUGGCCUCACAGCGCAGGCUGCUAGCUGGACUGGUACAGUGACUGCACGGGUGACCCAGAGAGCCGGGCCCAGCGCCGCCCCGCCACCAGAGAAGGAGCAACCGCUCCUGCCCUCUUCCCUGCCAGCACCACCUGGGGCUGCUGAGCCAGCCUGCGGGCCGGGAUCCCCUGUGCCCCCAAAGAAGGCCGAGACACCGUCACCGCCCACGGCCUCGGCUCUGGAUUACCCCAGUGAGAACCUGGCCUUCAUCGACGAGUCCUCAGACACGCAGAGUGAACGCGGCUGUGCCCUGCCUCGAGCGCCUCGGGGUCGCCGCCGUCCCAACCCCCCCAAGAAGCCCUCGAGACCCCGGGGUCCUGCGCGUCUCCGAGACAAAGCUGUGCCUGUGUAGGGGCAGGAUCCCUGCUCCGGGACCCCACCCCCGCCAGGGACUUCGUUCCUGCUGAUGCCCAGGCAUGUUUGGCUGAUUUGACCAAAGAGCCCUCUUUUGUUCAAAGCGUUUGCAACCCUGGGAGGAGGUCAAGGGUUGCCAAAUGGCACCGCUCUUCCCCAGCAGGUUCCUCACACCCAACCAUUUCCAAAUUCCACCAUCCAAAGCUUUCUGUCUCGCUGUCCUGGCCCGGCUUGUCCCUCACGCCUCACGACUGUGCCUCAAAACCUGCAUCAAUAAACAUAAGUGUGCACCACCGAGUGAGUGCUCCUGGCA